AUGGGAUUUCUACAGCCCAAGCCAGCUCCCAUAGUCGACAAAGGGGACUUGAUAUCUCCAGAGAAGACGAGCAACUGGUUCUCCCAGAUGACCUUUGGCUGGGUGUUUCCUCUCCUGAAGGUGGGAUACUCCAGGCCCCUCGAGUUCAAGGACCUCUGGCGGCUGGAGGACGAACGUCUCUCCGCUCACCAAUCAAAGCUGUUUGAACACAACUUCUACGAUAGGUACGCGCACAUUGAUGCUGCUUAUCGUCGACCUCGAUACGAGAACGUCCGCGAGCAGGAUAUCAGCAGCCAAGCCUCAAGCGGAACAGAUGCGCCACUCGCUGAUGUUGAAAGACUGCACAACAUGCAUCCAGGCACCUCCCGUGCAGAUCUUCCAGGAAACGAACCCAAUAUCAAGGAAGCAUCUAUCAGGCAGGCAGAGAAGACAUUUGUUCCAUCGAUGAACCGGUGGGGCUGGAUUUUCCACCUGUUGAAAAGAAACCCCAAGGCAAACAAUCUGAGUCCCGAACAGUACGAAAAAGCUGCGACGAGAUCCCGCUCUCUGCGCUUGUUCUGGGCCGCCUUUCAUACCAAGCUGAUUUCCCUAUCUAUAGGAGGAUCAUCUCUGGCUGGUGCAGUCGUAGUGAAAGAGUUGAUUCGUUUCGUGACGCGAGCUCAUAGGUGGCACGAGGCAUCCGACUUGGAGAGAACAACCCUACCUCAGCCAAAGAGUCUUGGAGUAGGCUUUGGUCUAGCAAUCGGUCUUGCAGCACUACAGCACUUUCGAUCUAUCAUGGCCGGGUCUCUCCUACGUACAGCAGUGGUUGAUCAGGUGGCCCGCAAGUCUAUGUGUCUUUCAACAAGGGCUCGGGUCAGGCAGACCACAGGAAGGUUGACCUCUGCAGUCUCAGGGGAUGCCCAUUUCAUGGACACUGCCACCUACUGUGUCAUUGACAUUGUGGUUGAACCCAUUGCCAUUGUGGCAGGUUGUGCACUGUUGAUCUACAACCUGAAAUACAGUGCACUUGUAGGCGUAGGCAUUCUGUUUGCCUCAUCACCAAUCUUGACAGUGAUGAUGAACAAGCUCAUUGCCAGCCGUAAAGCUCAGAUGAAGCUGAUAGACCAGCGUCUUAGGCUACUUACUGAAGUCUUCAAGGCAAUCCGUCAAAUCAAGCUGUAUGCAUACGAGGCUUUCUUUGGAGAACGCAUCAUUCAGGUCAGGGAAAAGGAAUUGCACCAUCUCAAAGCAAAUGUUUGGAAUCGCAGCCUGGUCAUUGCCACCAUGACAUUUGUGCCAAUUCUGGCUGCUGUCCUCACCUUCAUCACAUAUGGCUUGACCAACAACAGUUUGGAGCCGGCCGUCAUCUUCUCUGCAUUCCAGCUGUUCAAUAUCAUCCAGACCCCAAUGCAGAAUCUACCAGCAGCUUUUGCAGUGCUUACAGACGCUUGGGUAGCUCUUGGCCGGCUCUCAGAUAUUCUUCUUGAUGAGGAGUACACAAGCGAUGUUAUAGGUUGUCCAACUGCAAAAUAUGCAAUCCAAGUGAAUGGCAGCUUCACCUACGAAACAGCUGAACGCCCAAGCAACAACACCAAAGGCAUGAUUGAUAGUAAAGCCGAAAACAUAGGACGGGAAGGGAGGAAACAGGAUGCACCGGCCAAAGAGGCUGCGAAGCUCACCCAAGAGGAGGAGUUGCCUCCGCUUGAUAAGGAAAAGGAGAACAGCCGACCCCCUUUCACACUCCAUGGAAUCAAUCUGGCAAUUCCCCAAGGGGCCCUUGUUUGUGUAGUUGGCCGGGUUGGGACAGGAAAGUCUGCAUUGCUGGAAGCCUUGAUAGGGGAGAUGAGGCAAACAGAUGGAAGUAUUGAGCUUGGAGGAAGUCUCAGCUAUGUUGCACAACAAUCUUGGAUACAGAAUGCAACUUUGCAGGAGAACAUCACUUUUGCAAAUGAACGUGUUGACGAGGAGAAGUUGAGCCGAGCCAUCCAGAGCUGUGCGCUCACAACCGACUUGGAACAGCUACAGGAUGGACUUGAUACAGAGAUUGGAGAACGUGGUAUCAAUCUGUCAGGAGGUCAAAAGGCUCGAAUUGCAUUGGCACGCGCAGUGUAUCACAAUGCUGAUAUAGUACUGCUGGAUUCUCCGCUUGCUGCUGUUGACAGCCAUGUCUCAGCUUAUCUGAUUGAAAGGUGCAUCCUAGGCACAGAGGGAUUUGGCAAGAAGACCAGGAUCCUGGUCACACACCAUCUGGAAGUCUUUCCAAGGGCUGAUCUGAUCCUUGUUAUGGAAGGAGGACACAUAGUACAGAAGGGUACUUAUGCAGAUUUGGUGGCAACUCCCGGUCUGCUUCAAAGUCUCAUGGAGGAAUUUGGUAGUCAGUACAAUGAUUCUAGAGACACAGAAACCAAGGAGGCAGAAGACCAUGGGGACAAGGACCUAAAAGCUAGUCCCCAGAACAGGGUUACUAGAGGAGUGGCCCAAGGCAAGCUGAUAAUGGAUGAAGAGCGUAAUACUGGUGGCGUGUCUUGGAGAAUCUACAUGGCAUAUGGCCGUGUUAUGAGCAAGGAAUGGUGGUUCAGCAUCUCAAUCCUCGCAUUGAUCUUGGGGCAGGCAAGUUCAGUCCUCAACACACUGUUUCUAGGGUUCUGGAGUGGACAAUCAAUUUCUGGGUUCCAGCAGGGCCAGUAUAUGGGCCUAUACGCUUCUUUUGGUGCUGCCAGUGCACUUGGGGCUCUGAUAGCAAGCUAUACCAUGUUUGUUGCUGGCAUCAGGGCAUCCUUCAUCAUGUUUGACAGUGCUCUAAAAAGUGUCUUGAGGUCACCCAUCUCAUUCCAUGAUGCAACCCCAGUUGGCCGGAUCAUCCACAGGCUCACCAAGGAUGUUGAGAAGCUGGACGACCGCAUGUGUUUCCAAUGGUACAACAUGCUGGUGAACCUGGCUGCUGUCUUUGGAACCAUCUUCCUUGUCUUCUACGUGUUCCCAUUUCUAGGGAUACUCUUCAUCCCCUUGACAAUCAUAUACAUUGUGAUUGGGAAGUUCAUCAGCAAGACUUCAAGGGAAAUCACAAGGCUGGAUGCUGUGCAGAAAAGUUUCAUCUACUCAGCGUUUGGCGAGCAACUGGGCGGUUUGUCAACCAUUCGUGCUUUUGGAUUCCAGCAACAAUUCCGCAGAAGGCUUCAGACAUCAGCAGACCGGCAGAUAAGGUCAGAAUACAUCAAUCUGGCCAGCCGCAGAUGGCUGGUGUUACGGCUGGAUAGUCUAGGCACAGUCCUUGUACUAGGAAUCGGACUAUUUGGAGUUGCAAUGCGCAAUCAGGUUGAUCCUGUCAAGCUGGGAGUGGUCUUAACCUAUGCAAUCCGCACAGUAUUAGUGUUUGGCUUGAUGGUUCACUAUACAAUCCAAGUGGGACAAGAGAUGAAUACUGCAGAGAGGGUACUUCACUAUAUCGAUCUAAACCAUGAAGGCCCUCCCCGACUGGCAGGAGACCCUCCAGCUUCCUGGCCUCAACAAGGACAUGUAGUGUUUCACAAUGUUCAAAUGCGAUAUCGACCUGAUUUGCCAUUUGUUCUGAAAGGCCUCACUUUUGAGGCUCAGCCUGGAGAAAAGAUUGGAAUCGUAGGCCGCACCGGUGCUGGGAAGAGCUCUCUUGCUCAGACUUUGUUCAGACUUGUGGAACUGGCAGGAGGGGAUAUUGAGAUAGAUGGAUACAAUCUCCAAAACAUUGGCCUGGACACCUUGCGGUCUCAAUUAUCGGCACUGCCUCAGGAUACCCUUCUCUUUUCAGGAACUAUGCGGGAUAACCUUGAUCCUACUGGCAUCAAGACAGAUCAUGAGCUCAAUGACAUCCUGCAGCGCUGUGGGCUGAAAGCAACUGGUAAAGACUUUGAGCGUCUGAGGAAAUUUCAGCUUGAUUCGAAAGUCAGUGACGAUGGGGACAACUUUUCGGGUGGUGAACGGCAACUGGUGGCCUUGUGUCGUGCUCUUGUCAAGAGUUCUAAAGUGCUGCUACUUGAUGAGGCAACAAGCAGUGUGGAUCCUGAGACUGACAUCAUGAUUCAGGACUGCAUCCGGAAGGAGUUUUCUAACGUGACCUUGUUGUGUAUUGCACAUCGCCUUGCAACAAUUGCCUUCUAUGAUAAGGUAAUUGUGAUGGAUGCUGGUCAGAUCAAAGAGUUUGACAGUCCUCUCUCACUCUUUGACAACCCUAAUUCAACCUUCCGCUCAAUGUGUGAGGCAGCCAAACUGAGCAGAGAAGCCAUCUUGCGCAUCAGGGCCGGAGAUUAUGUCCAUGAGGUCCAGGAAGGGGUGCAAGCAGAUAUCGAGACGAGGGUAUCAUGCAAGAGGUGA